UCCGAUGAAAACAUACCCCUUUGAGCGGCUUAGAUUACAUCCCCGGAAUCUUCGUAGUCCAUCCCCAAUCAACUCCCUCAUCGUCGUCUUUAUUGUUAAAAUUCUUACUCUCCGAAGCGGUGUCGGAGUGAUUCGAGUGUGAUGUAGGGUCAUGGCAUUUCGACUGGGAGCGAUGAUGCUACGGCCAGGUUUAUCACCGAUGGAGAUUGAAAGCCCCGCCCUCGCCCACAACUGUUGCUUUCAAUCAAGUUUUAUCAGCGGCCAAAAUUCAGAAAAGAUUGCUAUGAAGUCUGUAACUUUUCUUCGGGGUUUUCAGACGAGAAGAUAUGGGUGGAAAAUAGCCUUUGCACUUGACACGGGUGGGAUUCCUGGUAAUGGUGGGCAAGAGAGCAUCGAUGGCAAUGGCCCUGGUCUUGGUGGCACUCGAUUGGGCAGAAUAGUGAGUGCAGGUGGAAGACAGCUAUUGGAGAAGCUGAAUUCAGCAAGAAAGAACUUUCCCAUGAAGAUAUUCCUGCUUCUUUUGGGUUUCUACACGGCAAAUGCGUUGGCAACAAUCCUUGGACAGACUGGGGAUUGGGAUGUACUCGUUGCAGGUGUAGUUGUUGCUGCCAUUGAGGGGAUUGGUGUGCUUAUGUACAGAAAGCCUUCUCCUCUGGCUACUGGGAGGUUGCAGUCUUUUGUUGGGAUGGUAAAUUACUGGAAAGCAGGAGUGUGCCUGGGUUUAUUUGUGGAUGCUUUUAAACUGGGUAGUUAAGAGACGAUGUUCUCCCCAUUUCUGGUUCUUCCUUUCAAUUCUGAUAAGAUCUGCUGUAGCAACCCUGAUUCCUAUUGAUAGUAACUAAAUUAGGUGUACCUGUAUAACUUAUCAAAAAAAAAAAAAAAAAGGUGUACCUGUAUCAUUAUGAUUCUCAAAUGUAAUUCUCAAAUAAAUAUCCUUUUGAUCUAAAA